GAGCAUCAUGACUCUCAUCUCUCUGCUUCUGCUGGCUGCUCUGCUGCCAUAUCUGAGCCACUCUGCCAGUGUUAAUGUUGGUAUAAUAAAUGGCACGGAGGCUAAACCUCACUCCAGACCCUACAUGGUUUCUCUUCAGAAACAUGGAUCACACGUCUGUGGCGGCUUCCUUGUGUCUGAAGAAUUCGUCAUGACGGCUGCGCACUGCCGAGAGAAUGAAGGGAUACUUACAGCAGUGCUGGGUGCUCAUGAUCUGUCAAACAAGCAAGAAAAAGGUUCUGUCCGCAUGGAAGUGGAGUCUUAUUACCGCCAUCCCAACUACAAUGCAGACACUGUGGACAGUGAUAUCCUGCUUUUAAAGCUACGUGGAAAAGCCAAACAGAGCCAAACUGUUAACUGGAUGUCCAUCCCUAAAACAAAUGAGGACAUCAAGGCCAACUCGGUCUGCAGUGUAGCUGGCUGGGGAAGAACAGGAUCCUCUAAACCUACUAGCAAGCGUCUUAUGGAGACCAAAAUUACUAUUGUGGCGGAAAAAGAAUGUCAGAAACUCUGGAAGAACUUUCUGACCCCAAGGAUGAUAUGUGCACUUCAUCCUGGAGGGACUUGCAAGGGAGACUCUGGAGGUCCUUUGGUGUGUGGGAAUACUGCAGUGGGCAUUGUUUCCUUCGGUCAGGACAAGUGUGAUGCACCCACGAAGCCAGAGGUUUUUGCCAAAAUAUCUGCAUUUCUGCCCUGGAUCAAGUCCAUUAUUGGGAAAGUUUAAUCUGCAUUUGACAAAA